UGGUCAGGAAAGGCCUUUUUGAGAAGGCCCCAUUUAAGCUGAGGCCUAGAAGACCGCAGGAGUUUGUUAAGAGAAGAGUUCCACACAGAAGAGUACAUGACAGCCCCAAGGAGGAGGGAGCUGGCUGGUUUGAGGAACUGGCUGUGUGGCUGGAAGCCAGAAGCAAAGGUCAUGAGAGACCUGGCUGGGCUUUGCUUCUAGGCCUUGGUGAGGAGAAAGCAUUUUAUCCUAAGAGCAAUGGGGAAAGCCUGAGGGGGUUUAAGUAGAAGUUUCUCUUUACUUUUGACAAAGCUUACUGUAGCUGCUCCUGCAAGAUGGUUGGACGAGAGAGGGGGAGGGAAGAAAUCAGGAAGACUGCUUAGGAGGCUAACGCAGCCCUUCCGGGGAGCAAUGCUAGAAGUCUGCGCCAGAGCAGUGUCACAGAAGAUGGAGAGAAGUGGAUGGAUUCAAGAUCUGUUUUGGAGGACGAGGACCUAGCUUGAUCUGACUCCAGAACCUUCAGCAGGGAAGAAAAAUGUCAGAUGAAGAUCUGGAAGACUUUGAGCCAGACCUGGAUGAUCUGGAAAGGGAAGACGAUGAGAAGGAGACAGAGGAGUGGGAGGACUACAGGAAGGAGGGAGAAGACUUCUUGGAGGAAUGGAUGCCCACCCCCCUCACAGAGGACAUGAUGAAAGACGCACUAUCUUUGCUCUGCAAGACGGGUAAUGGGCUGGCUCACGCAUAUGUCAAGCUGGAGGUUAAAGAGAGGGAUCUGACAGACAUCUACUUGCUGCGUUCCUACAUCCAUCUGCGCUACGUGGAUGUUUCUGAAAACCACUUGACAGACUUGUCCCCACUCAAUUACCUCACCCACCUACUCUGGCUCAAGGCUGAUGGCAACCUGUUGCACACCGCCCGGCUGAAUGAACUGCCCUACCUGCAGAUUGCCAGUUUUGCCUAUAACAAGAUCACUGACACUGAGGGCAUCUCCCAUCCUCGUCUGGCCAGCCUGGAUCUCAAAGGGAACCACAUCCGUGUGGUGACAGGUCUGGACCCCCAAAAGCUGAUCAGCCUGCACACACUGGAGCUUCGGGGGAACCAGCUGGACAGCACCCUGGGAAUCAACCUUCCUAAGCUGAAGAACCUCUUCCUGGCUCAGAACAUGCUGAAGAAGGUGGAAGGCUUGGAGAACCUAAGCAAUCUCACUACCUUGCAUCUUCGAGACAACCAGAUUGAAACUCUGAGUGGCUUUUCCAAGGAAAUGAAGUCACUGCAGUAUCUCAACCUAAGGGGCAACAUGGUGACUGACCUGCGGGAGCUAGCCCAGCUGCGGGACCUGCCCAAGCUUCGCGCCUUGGUGCUGCUGGACAACCCGUGCACAGAUGAGAACGACUACCGCCAGGAGGCCCUGGUGCAGAUAGCACAGCUCGAACGCCUGGACAAGGACUUCUAUGAUGAGGAGGAGCGGGCUGAUGCCGAUGAGAUCCGUCAGAGGCUGAAGGAGGAGCAGGAGCAGGAGGCUGAGCCUGAGCCCGAGCCCGAGCCAGAGCCAGAGCCUGAAUCCGAACAGGACUAGUUAUUGAUCUAGCGGUUCUGGCCUCCAGGGAUAGUAAGAAAGUGGGGCAGGGAGGCAGGAAGAGGAGGCUGGGGUCUGCAGAUGGGGAAGAGGAGGAGUGGCCGUAGGAGGAGGGGGUGAAGAAGGCAUAGCCAAGGAGAACCCUAACCCUAACCCUGGGUUAGGAGCCAGGGGUGUCCCAGGGUCAGGAGAAGGAGCCAGAAGGGCCUGGGAGGAGCUGAAAAAGGCCGAGGAGAUACAUCAGGAGGCCUAAAGAGUAAGUGAAAAGAAUCCGGGUGGCAGGCAGAAGUGGUGGUGUGGGCUGGGCAGCCACACCUGACUCAGAGUGGAGAUCAGCCGGAAAGGCUAGGCUGGGGCAUGGUGAGGGGUGGGCUAGGGGCAGUGUAUGAGGAUGUGGGCUGGGUCUAGGGGAGGGGAAGAGGGGAAGAUCCUGUACAAUUAUCUGAAGCUAAAAAUAACAGGACACAGGGGCAGAAGGAAGAAAGGAGGGCAGGGUGAGGCAGAAAGAGAUGGAGGUGAUGAGUCCAGGGAAGGGUGGCAGCUGGCACUCCAGAUGGGGCAGGGGCAGCAGUGGGAGAGCAGCAGGGCCCAAAGGCUUGGCUUCUGUCCCCUUCCUCCAGGAGAGCAAAGAUGCUGGUCCCAAACUGAGAAGACUCCCAGUUACAGGAGCCACCACACGCACACCCCUCAUCCGGAGC